GAGUUAGCGCCAACAAACUGCGACCUUUUCUCACCGCUCAUUUCACAUUGCGCUCGGACAACAGGGAGCUUGUGAGGAGAUGCUGCCAGCUGCGGCAUCUUACUAAUACCAAGAGACACGGUGCCAUCCUCCAGCCCCGGCACAGAGCAUGGCAAGGACCACGAGCUGGAGGCUGCUGGCGCUGCUCUUCCUUCUACAGGAGCUCCUCAGCUGCUGCCAGGCUGCGGCAUGUAAUGGGUGUGGAACUAGCAAAUGUGACUGUAGCGGAGUGAAAGGACAAAAGGGUGAACGAGGAUUAAUUGGUCUGCCUGGCAUUAUUGGGUUUCCUGGGCUUCAAGGACCAGAGGGACCCCCUGGACCAUUGGGGCAGAAAGGUGACACAGGUGAACCAGGACUUCCAGGCACAAAAGGAAACAGAGGGCCCCCUGGAUCUGCUGGAUUUCCAGGAAACCCUGGUCUCCCUGGCAUACCUGGUCAAGAUGGCCCUCCAGGCCCAUCUGGCAUUCCAGGCUGCAAUGGUACAAAGGGUGAAAGAGGACCACUGGGUCCACCUGGUCUUCCAGGGUUAUUAGGUUAUCCAGGUCCUCCAGGUUUACCAGGAAUUAAGGGAGAUCCCGGAGAGGUCUUCGGUAUGCAAGGAUUAAUGGUAAAAGGAGAAAAAGGUUUACCUGGAAUAAUUGGUUUACCAGGUACACCUGGGUUGCCUGGUUUUGAAGGCCCAGUAGGUCCUCCUGGUCUAACAGGACGUACUGGAGCACCUGGUCCACCUGGUCCUCCGGGACCAAAGGGAUCAAUGGGGCUAAGCCCCAAUGGACCACCGGGUGAAAAGGGUGAACCAGGACCACCUGGGCCUCCGGGUCAGCAAGGCCCAGCAUCUCAUGGAAAAGGUGCAGUUUGGUACCGAGAUAAGGGAGAAAAAGGCAUGCAAGGUGAAAAAGGUGACCAAGGUAAUAGGGGUGAAACUGGAUCCAGUAUUAAAGGUGAAAAAGGAGAACCUGGAAAACCAGGUCCCAGAGGUAAACCUGGAAAAGAUGGUGAAAGGGGAGAAAAUGGACAGGAGGGUAUACCUGGUAGACAAGGAUUUGAUGGAAUUCGAGGACAGGAUGGACAGAAAGGUGAUAAAGGUGACGGUGGACCACCAGGACCUCCAGGAAUAGUAAUACAUGAUGGCCAACAAACCGUUACUGGAGAAAAAGGAGAUACCGGGCUCCCUGGUUAUCCUGGUAGCAAAGGAGAGAAAGGUGGCAAAGGUGCCACUGGAUUCCAAGGAAACCCUGGACAACCAGGUAUAUCAAUGAAUGGACCACCUGGGGCACCUGGAUUAACAGGGGAAAGUGGUGAAAAGGGUGAACCUGGAAUUCCUGGGUCAUCCUUACCUGGACAGAAAGGCAGAGAGGGGUUGCGCGGACCUCCUGGUUUCCCAGGCCCUCCAGGUCCAAUAGACCCAACACAGGAAUGCAUUCCAGGACAGUCUGGUGAAUCUGGGGCCCCUGGAGAUCCAGGUCAACAAGGCUUCGCUGGGGAAAGAGGUCAAAAAGGUGACAAAGGAGAUGCCUGCCCUACAUGUGACACUGUCCCAUCACCACUACCCGGGCCAACAGGGCCUCAAGGUCCUCCUGGGACACCAGGUGUUCCUGGACAAGCAGGAAACAAGGGAGACAGGGGAGAACCAGGCUAUGAUGGGCCACCCGGGUCACCUGGACCACACGGUGUUCCUGGCCUUAUGGGGAGACCUGGAGCAAAAGGAUCACCUGGUGAAGUUUAUUUUGAACCACAAUUGAAAGGGAAUAAAGGAGACCCUGGUUUCCCUGGACUGCAAGGUCCUACUGGAAGAGAGGGAAGAUCUGGAAGAGAUGGUCAGCCAGGACAGCCGGGUCCCAAAGGAGUUUCGGGAACAGUUGGUGCCAAAGGUGAGCGUGGACCACCUGGAGACAGUGGAUUCCCUGGGAUACCUGGACAGAAAGGUUUGCAAGGUCAUCCAGCAUCAGGUGUACCAGGGGAACCUGGAGAAAGAGGAGAACCUGGAGGACCAGGAAUUUCAGGACCACCUGGCAACCUAGGAAGUAAGGGUGAACCUGGAAAACUAACUGUUGUACCUGGACCACCAGGACCAAUAGGAAGUGCAGGUUUUCCUGGAUUGCCUGGAGAACAAGGUGACAAGGGUGCUCCUGGAUUUUUAGGAAGACCUGGAAUUCCUGGAGAAAAGGGCGAGCCUGGUGUUGAAGGAAAAGGACUUCCUGGGUCUCCUGGUGAAAAAGGUCAUCAAGGUAUGGAGGGUGCACGAGGAGUGGAUGGUAUCCCUGGUCAGCCAGGCCGUGAGGGUUUACGCGGUGAACAAGGCACACCAGGAGCAAAAGGUGAGCCAGGUCUGGGCCUUCCAGGCCCAAAAGGAUUGAUUGGACAUCCAGGUCCUCCUGGAGCCAUUGGAGAAAAAGGAAACACAGGGCCAACAGGAGUCCCUGGAGAACAAGGCUUUUCAGGAGUUCCAGGGCAUUCUGGGGCAAAAGGUGACACUGGACCAGCUGGAACACCUGGCUUAAGAGGUAACCCUGGUGUACCAGGAUUUGGCCCACAAGGGGAACCCGGGCCUCAAGGACUACCAGGAUCUCCAGGAGUUCCAGGCCCAAUAGGAGCAAAGGGAAACCAAGGCUAUCCAGGUUUUCCUGGUGCUGACAUGCCAGGACCAAAGGGAGACAAAGGCACAUCAGGCAUGCCUGGCAUAAUGGGUAUGCCUGGGGAAUCCGGGAUUCAAGGUCUACCAGGAAAAGAUGGAUAUCCAGGUCUUCAAGGGCAAAAAGGAGAUAUGGGUUUUAUGGGAGUUCCAGGAAUUCAAGGCCAACCAGGUUCACCAGGAAAUCCAGGCCUACCAGGAGAAAAGGGUGACCAUGGUCCUCCUGGGUUCCGUGGCGAGUCAGGAACUGGAGGUUCAAAAGGUGAAAAGGGUGAAACAGGUUUGCAAGGAGACCCAGGAACACUUCCGCCCAUGGAACACAUGAAGGGUGAAAAAGGAGAACACGGCGAGAGAGGACAAACUGGAAUUCAAGGAGAAAAAGGAACACAUGGUGAUUUGGGCUCCACUGGAAUGCCUGGAAAAGAUGGGGAGCAGGGAAUGCCGGGAAAGCCAGGAUCAAAAGGAGAUAAAGGUAUUCAAGGAUUACCAGGAGGUCCAGGGUUUCCGGGACAAAAAGGGUCCAUGGGAGAAAUGGGUGUGCCAGGGCCCAGUGGACCAAAGGGUGAACAUGGUAUUCAGGGCAAUUCUGGUCUUCCUGGUGUAACUGGAAUCAAAGGUGAAAAAGGAAUUAAAGGUGAAGAAGGUGUUCCAGGCAUUGGCAUACCAGGACCUCCAGGCAUAAAGGGUGAUGCUGGAACUGAUGGUCUUCAAGGUUUACCAGGUGAAACGGGAGACAAAGGUGACAUUGGUGUUCCUGGAAUGCCUGGGUUACAAGGAGAAAAAGGAUUACCAGGCCUUGCAGGGUUCCCAGGUAACCCAGGUAUAUCUGGAGAAAAAGGAACAAAGGGCUUCCCUGGGCGGGAUGGUGUUCCUGGAUCAAAAGGACAACCAGGUGAACAUGGAAUUCAGGGCCCCGCUGGCUCAAUUGGAGAAAAGGGAGAACCUGGCUAUGAUGGGGUCCCGGGAACACCUGGUGAGAAGGGUGAACCAGGUUCACCUGGGAGAGCUAUUCCUGGAUAUCCUGGUGAACGUGGUGAGAAAGGUGGUAAAGGUGAUGCUGGAUUCCCAGGCUCACCUGGAGUCCAUGGCUUCCCUGGCAUUAAAGGAGAUCAAGGAAUUCCUGGAAACCAAGGCAUACAAGGACCACCUGGUGCUGCUGGACUUCCUGGAAUUGCAAUGGAAGGACCAAAAGGUGACAGGGGGCAGCCUGGUCCCCCAGGAUUUCCUGGUUCGCCUGGACCUGCGGGUAGCCCUGGUUUCCCAGGACCAGAUGGAACCAAAGGAGAGAGAGGUGACAGAGGCUGGCCUGGACCCCCUGGUUUUCAGGGAGUGAAAGGGGAAACUGGAAUUCAGGGUCUUCCUGGAGAUGCAGGUUUUCCAGGUCAAACAGGACACAAAGGGGAAAGAGGUCCUUCAGGAGUGUCAGGAUUUCCAGGAUUGAAAGGUACAGAAGGUCCUAUGGGAGAGAAAGGACAAGGGGGAGACAGAGGAGAAUCUGGUCCAAAAGGAUCACAAGGCUCUCCAGGGCCUGCAGGUCAAUUUCAGAUAUUCAAAGGAGACCCUGGCCCUCCUGGACUGCCAGGUCCCUCUGGUCCAAAAGGUUUUCCUGGUUUCCCAGGUCAUAAAGGAGAGCAAGGCCCAGUUGGUGCAGUUGGCUUGCCUGGACCAAGUGGGGUGGCAGGAAUAAAUGGUAUCCCAGGGCAGAAAGGAGAAUUGGGUCCCAUUGGCCCAACUGGUCCAAGAGGCUAUCCAGGUCCACCCGGUCAAGAUGGCUUGCCCGGCCCAAUGGGCUUACCUGGUCAAGCUUCCAUGGCUCAUGGCUUCCUAAUAACAAGACACAGCCAAACAAUUGAAGUUCCCCAGUGCCCAUUUGGGACUGUUCCAGUCUAUGAUGGCUACUCUCUGCUCUAUGUACAAGGAAAUGAAAGGGCCCAUGGACAAGAUCUUGGUGCUGCAGGAAGCUGUCUUCGUAAAUUCAGCACAAUGCCUUUUCUAUUCUGCAAUAUAAAUAAUGUAUGCAACUUUGCAUCAAGGAAUGAUUAUUCUUACUGGUUGUCCACUCCUGAACCGAUGCCAAUGAGCAUGGCUCCUGUAACUGGGGAGAAUAUCCAGCCUUUUAUCAGCAGGUGCAGUGUUUGUGAGGCCCCUGCUAUGAUAAUGGCAGUUCAUAGUCAAACAAUUCAGAUACCCCCUUGUCCAGGUGGAUGGAUUUCAUUGUGGAUCGGAUAUUCAUUUGUAAUGCAAACCAGUGCUGGUGCAGAAGGCUCAGGCCAAGCAUUGGCAUCACCAGGGUCUUGUUUAGAAGAAUUCCGCAGUGUGCCUUUCAUUGAGUGCCAUGGACGAGGGACCUGCAACUAUUAUGCCAAUACUUACAGCUUUUGGCUUGCUACAAUAGAGAGGAGUGAAAUGUUCAAGAAGCCUACUCCGUCAACUCUCAAAGCUGGAGAUCUCCGUACACAUGUCAGCCGCUGUCAAGUAUGCAUGAGACAGACUUAAAAGACCAAAAUUUUACACCAAUGGUGCUAUUUUUGUUAUACAAGAAGCCAAAUACUAUAUAAUGUACCUCACUAUUGUACAAGAAAAAGAGUAAAGUGCGUUAUAGGAAUUUCCAUAACUAACUCUGUUCUAAAUGGUUCUUGUCCAAUCGAAAGGAAAGACAGCCAAGACUAGGUCCUUUUAUUACAUACAAGAUGGCACUUUGAAAUUACAUAAUGUUUAUAACGCACUGAUACUUUCCAGCAACAGAAGCCGAUUCCUUAAUUCAUAAGGUGCUAGGAGAUAUACAGUGCCUUAUGCUGUUGACUCCUCUUAUUUUUGUACUAUAUUUUAGGUUUUGUUUAAGAAAUAUAAAUAUUUGUUAAAAUCCUUGUAUGUUUUUGAUAAGUAUAUACAUUUUCAUUUUCUGUACAAAGAAAAUCUUAGGCAUGUUGUAACACAAGAUCUGUUUUCUGACCUUUUUGGAUAUUAUGUAAAUGACAGCAAAAUUCUCUGAUAUGUCCCAAGUUGCAUUAGUUAUUGUACAGCCGCUAAAAAGAACACAAGAAAAUUGUUUCUAAGGAAGGUUGAGAAAGACUUGAGCUUGAUGGCAUACUAGUUGUACAUGGAGCUGAGUGUCUGAAAUAUGGUGGUAUUAAUGUUGCAUUUUUGUUUCCCCAUAUCAUUCAGUAUAGUAUCUGGAAUAUUAAAAACAUUAUCAUUCUUUUACACAGCAGAACAGAUGCUCAAUACAAUAAUUACAUAUAAUAAAAUACAAUUUUCCAGCACUAAAUUUAUAGUUUAGUAAUUUAUGUUAGCAAAAUAGUAUAUACUAAUUUUGUUAAUUGAUAUGUACAUUUUUUUUUUAUAAAUAUAUAUAUAAUGUAUAAUGUAACACUUAUGA